AUGAAGAGAGACUAUUAUAGAUGUCCAGAGAAGAUUAUUAUUCUGACAGAAUUUCUCUGUAUAAUUCAUAUACUUAAGAUGCUGCAGAAGCAAGACUACUGUGUUGCAGCAGUCUAUAGUAAUAUAAGUGUUAAGAACCAAGGUAUGUGCAUCAACACCUUCAAUCAGAACCUGCUACUGUCUGAAGAUGAGACUGAUGUCAGUUCAGAUAUUCUGAUCAGCAUUCUGGAGAUUCUAGACAUAAACUACAUCUGUAUUCAUGCCUUCCAACUUAUCCUGCUGAGCCCAAGCUGGUUGGAGAGAGAUAAGACUCAGAGCAAGACAUGCAUCUACCAUUAUAGGCAGAUGAACAAGAUUAUGUACACCUACUGCCUGAUGUGCAGAGAUGUUCAGAUUAAAAGCAACAUUCUUGACUGGCAGGCAAUGCAGAAGAGUUUCAAUAAACUGGCAAUGUUGCUGCAGAGAGAGGCUGGUAUAGUUCAAGACAUGAUUGAUCUGGAUACAGUAUGA